AUGGAAAAGAACAGCAGUAAAUCGAAAUUAUUGGAGAAGCUUGCUGAAGGAGGCCAAGGUCCGGUUUGGGCUGUUGUGCCAUUGGAUAGAUGGAUGGUCAAUCUCAACCUUGGUCUACCUCGUAUAUUUCCCUCAGAUUUUGCCAACAGAGUGGUUGCCCCCGUAAUAAAAGUGCCUAACCAGCUACUCGGAGCUCCAGUGUCUACAGACGUACAGCUCGAGUGUUAUGUGGAGGCCUAUCCCAACACGGUCAAUUAUUGGAUCAAAAACAGAGGAGAAAUGCUGCUCAAUGGAUCGAAAUACUCGAUAAAAGAAGAAAGAAGCGGCUACAAGGUUUUUAUGUGGCUGGUGAUACGAUCUUUUUCGUCGAGCGACAGCGGCACAUAUAACUGCGUAUCUACAAACUCGCUGGGAAAAGCCGAAGGAACUUUGAGAUUAUAUGAAAUAAAGGUUGGCCCUGAUCAUCAUAACAAUAACGUUGUGGUUGGAGGCUUAGCAGAACCGGCAAGAGGCCAUCGUGCAAGCACAGCAUUAGCUACAACUUUCGUCAGUCCCUGUCUGAUAGUAGUAUCAUCAACAUUAGUAGAAUUAUUUUGGAGGUGACAGUGUUAAUAUCGCAACGAGUAUUUACAAUAAGGCAUAUUAGGUGUAUUAUACUUUCAUACGAACUUAAAAUUUUUUAGUGUAAAAUAUUUAAGGGUAAGAUUUUUAAUUCCAAGGGUAGGUACCAGUUUCCUACUGUCAAUUAUAUUACAUAUUGUUAAAAAUUUGUCGAAAGUAAAAAUUGUUUUAUAAAUAGGGCAGUCAAUGAGGGUAUGUGGCUCCGAAUUCCAUCCUACUAUAUCGAUUUACGUGAUAGUUUCACAGUAAGUGGGGAAUAGCCCAAGAAACAAAGUCUAUCCUAUGCCGAUGUGUGCUUUUGUCUUGGUGGCGGUUCCCACCCCUUCUCGGGGGUGGAAAAUUUUUUGCUUAAAUUACUACGGAAGUUGCUAGAGAAUCUAAUACUAAGCAAAUACUGUUCCAUAAUUGUUUUUCGAAAACUCAAUACUUUUUGAGUUAUUCCUGGUUGAAAAUUCUCCAUUUUCAUUGAACCAUAACACCUUUUCAAAUGGUUUUUUGCGAAUACUUUAAAAACUAUGCAUCUAACUAAAGAAACUAUAUGAAACAUUUUUGUAGGUUAUAAAAAUACAAAGAGAUUCUUUCCUUUAUGAAUCUUUUAGUUAUAACACAAAAAGAGAUAUGGAAGUGAAAAAGACUUGUUUUCUUGGUGCAUGCUCAAAUCAGUGUAUUUAACUUGAAAUAACAGAGAAACGGUCGAUUUUAGGUGUAUAAUGCUACCAAUAACUUUUGUUGUGCUUGAAAAGAGCUAUAAAUUAAGCAAUAUUAAAUGUCGAUUACAUUCAAACUAUGCGAGAUAAACUGUAAAAAAUUUGAUGAAUAACGUAUUUUAAGAAAAAAAUGAGAAGUAUAUUUAACCCCUCAUCCACAAUAAUUUAAAUGCAUCG